CGUCCGGCCGCACCCGUCCUCAGGAUUGCAGAGAGACGACUGGCCGCUGCAGCCGCCACAAGCUGUCCCUGCGGCGCGCCUGCCCAAGCGGGCCGCACUGCGCUCCGGCGCCCAGCGCAUCUUCAGCUUCCACCCCAGCGCGGGGGCGCUACGCUCGCGCGUGCGCAGCGCGAGUGGGUCGCAAGCCGGGACCCCACGGCCGGCGCGUGCGCGGACCGUGCACUGGAAGGUGGGCGGACACCGAGAUGAGCCUACCACAGCUGCAGCCCCACUGAGGACCAGGCCCCUGGCAAGAGGAGGGCGCGGGUCGCCCGCGCCAGGUCGGGUCAUGGCGUUCCUGGCCGGGCCGCGCCUGUUGGACUGGGCCAGCUCGCCACCGCACCUGCAGUUCAACAAGUUCGUGCUGACCGGCUACCGGCCAGCCAGCAGCGGCUCCGGCUGCCUGCGCAGCCUCUUCUACCUGCAUAACGAGCUAGGAAACAUCUAUACGCACGGGCUGGCCCUGCUGGGCUUCCUGGUGCUGCUGCCGAUGACCAUGCCCUGGGGUCAGCUGGGCAAGGAUGGCUGGCUGGGGGGCACACACUGUGUGGCCUGCCUGGCACCACCUGCAGGCUCCGUGCUCUACCACCUCUUCAUGUGCCACCAAGGGGGCAGCCCUGUGUACACCCGGCUCCUUGCCCUGGACAUGUGUGGGGUCUGCCUCGUCAACACCCUCGGAGCCCUGCCCAUCAUCCAUUGCACCCUGGCCUGCAGGCCCUGGUUGCGCCCGGCUGCCCUGGUGGGCUACACCAUGCUGUCGGGUGUGGCUGGCUGGAGGGCCCUUACUGCCCCCUCCACCAGUGCCCGGCUUCGUGCUUUCGGUUGGCAGGCUGGUGCUCGUCUCCUGGUGUUUGGGGCCCGAGGAGUGGGGCUGGGCUCUGGAGCUCCAGGUUCCCUGCCCUGCUACCUGCGCAUGGAUGCGCUGGCACUGCUUGGGGGGCUAGUGAACGUGGCCCGCCUGCCAGAGCGCUGGGGACCGGGUCGCUUCGACUACUGGGGCAACUCACACCAGAUUAUGCACCUGCUCAGUGUGGGAUCCAUCCUGCAGCUGCACGCCGGCGUUGUGCCUGAUCUGCUCUGGGCUGCCCACCAUGCCUGCCCCCCAGACUGAACCACUGCCUGCCCACCAUGCCAGCCUGCCCACGGUCUUCUAGGGCCAACAACACCAGAGUUCCCUCCUUAUGCUGGUCUGCAAAGGGCUGGCUCCCUGGAUGUUUCCAGUUGGGAGCUCUCAUCUGUUCACCCAUUCUUCCCUAUGGAUGAGCCUCUUCUACCCAAGCCUCGGAGGCUCCAGGCUUCCCACCUUGCCUUCUUCCAGGGCAAUGUCUUCCUGUACAAGCCAAAAAGAAACUGAGGAAGUUUAACCUCUGUGACUUGUGAGGGUUGGGCCAGAGGGACUCUGGGGUCAAGUCUUGCUGACAGCUGGAAUCCUACUAGCCUAGAACAAUCACUCCACCCUGUCCAUUCUCAGACCUUCAAGUAAGGUACCUUGUGGGUACCUAGAUCAGCCACCAGCCCACGAUUCCUGACUUCCAUCUUUCGGCCCUGCAUGCCAGCACUUCCAAAAGCCUGAGGCUUGCCCACCCCUUCUGCCUUCUGUCCAGACUGCGAAGUGAGGGGCUUGAGCAGCAGGACUAGCCCCUCUCUCCAGGGGGCAAGAGGGCUACUGCUGUUUUCCAGGCAACUGGCAUAGAGAUGUAAAGAGCCGAGUGGCCCUGGAUUCAGGCCCCAUUGGGCUGGAGGCCCACCCUCCACCUUGAGUGCCAUGCUCUGACAGCUCAACCUACCCACCAGGGAUGUGCCUGCUCAGGAAAUCUGUUCCACACAGCAUGGGGCCCCCAACUCCAGUUUGCUAGCCUGGUGCUCUGGGCCCUGCAGCGGGGCUCAGCCUUGGCUCAUCCUGGGGCCCUCAGACCCUAGGCGACAUCAAUAAACGGGACAGGAAGCACUAUGUUGCCAUGCAAACAA